CCUUGCCAAAAAUGCCAGAAAAAACAAGAACGAUUGUAAUGAUUCUGCCAUUUUUUACAACUGGAUAGAAUUUGCUCCAAAUUUUUAAGUUUUGUUACUUCUCAUAGUAAAUACCUGGAUCCAGAAGUACUGAGAUAUCUGUGUGCAACAAAUUCUUUUUCAUCUAUCUGCCGUUGACGUUGUGAUAAUCGUAACUGGGAAGGGACUGUGUAAAGAACUAGUCAAGUGACGCAGUGCAGUGGCAUGGUUAGGAUGCCAGGAAGAAAUCAGGAGGAUUCUCCUGGCAUCUCUCCCAUCAGGGCCGAUUCAGCAGGGGACAUGGAGGAGGAUCCUGCCGAUGUGACGAUGGACAGUUUGGAGGCCAGCGAAGGGGUACCUGAUCCCUCCGUCUCUGAUGCUGGCCCGACUCAAACAGCCCCGCAAGAUCGCGAAGAAGGCCAGAGCGAAAGCGACAGUCAAAUGAAGGCCCCUGACACUCCGUCUGAAACGAAACUCAGCAAUGGGAAUCGCAGAACUAACGGAUUUUCCGAGUCUGAGGGUGCCGUCUCCCCACCCGCCGGGGGGUCUGAGAACUCCUCCACUCCGAAAUCCGCUGCUCCCACUCCUCAGCGCCCCCGUCGAGCUGCCGCUGCAGUUGCCAAUGAGCGCAUGGUACUGCGCAAGCGUCCCGCAGCCACUCCCGAUGACAAGACGCUCUCCCCGGCCAGCUCUACCCCCGCCAAAGCUUCCAAUUCUUCCGCGCCAAAGAAACGGCGCCCCAGGGCGCUGGACAACACAAUUACCUCCGCUGACGCCUCCGAAGUCACUCAUUCUCCCUUGAUGUCCGUCUUGAAAAGCCGCCAACGGAAAGCGGCCGCAGCCGUGCCCGUAGCAGCGCCCAACCGGAAGCGGCAGCGUGUCGGCGAGGAUGAUUUGUACAUUCGAAGUUUAUGUGGAAUUUUGCGCAGUGGCGAAAUGACCAUCGGGGGCCUGGUGGACAGCUGGGUGGACACCUAUAAACGCGAUCAUUUGAUGGGAUUUUUGGAGUUGGCCAACUUCUUUGUCCAUAGCUCCGGGUGUAAAGGGAAGAUCGGUGCCGGAAUGACCAAGCUCGCUGCUGAUGAAAUUAUGAAGCAGCUGACGCCAAAGUUUGAGGAGGAUACAAAUGAUUAUCCCCUCAUCCGAACGGACAAAGAGUUCAAAAAAUUCCGGUCUGACUUCUGCAAAUUCUUGCACACUGUCGUGCUUGCCAUAAAAGACACGAUUCUUUUUGAUGACUAUUUGAUCGACAACUUAUUCCGUCUCCUCAUCGACAUGGCCGAUUCGGGCAUACGGGCUUUCCGCCAUACUGCCACCCUCGGCGUCAUGAAGAUCUUGACGGGAUUAGUAGAAGUCAUGGUCCAUCAACAUCGUAUUGUGCAAAAUGACCAGCAACAACUCGAACAGGAAGAGAAUCGAAAACGCUCGAAUCCGCAGCGCGUCCAGAUGCUGGAAAGGACAUUGAAAGCCCAUAGGGACCAAGCCGAUAAGGUGAAGGAAUGCUUCGAACUGGGCUGCAAGCAGGUGCUCUAUAUACGCUACCGUGACACGGUUUCGUCGAUUCGGGAACUGUGCAUGGAAGAAAUAGGGGUAUGGAUGAGCAUUUAUCCGGAACGAUUUGUGGAUGACAGUUACUUGAAGUAUUUGGGAUGGACACUGAAUGAUAAAGAAGCAGCAGUUCGACGGAAAUGCUUAUCAGCUAUUUAUCCCUUGUAUGAGACCGAAGAGAACGUGGCCCGCCUUCAACUGUUUUCCUCGAAAUUCAAAGACAGAUUCGUGCAGAUGGCAACCGAUGUGGAUACAGAAUGCUGUAUUCGGGCUGGGAAAAUCUUGAUCGCCAUGAACAGGUCCAUGCCAGAAUUAUUCGGUGAAGCAGAUCUGACUCGAAUUUUCGAUCUGAUAUACGUGGCCGAUCAUAAUUUAGCCGUAAGUUCAGCGGAGAUCCUCAUCAACCAUAUGACAUCAGUAACGGCAGUGGAUCGUCAGAAUCGGCCGCGUUUUAAAUCGGGAAAAGAAUGGUCAGAUGAUACUUUUGACCUGUAUUUCCUGAUUGCCUUCUCCGUAGCCAACACCAGCAGGAGCACGAACCAGGCGUACUUUGUGGACAGUCUGAUCGAUGUAUGCCCAGCCCUGAAAGCCUGGGAAGCCAUGACGGAUUUGCUACUAGAAGAAUUCGAAGAAGGCACUACACUGCAGCCGCUUAGCGACAAGGAAGAGAAAGAGUUGAUAACCGUCAUGAGUUAUGCCAUUAAGCAGACGGCAACUGCCGAAGCACCCGGUGGACGCAGUCACGUCGGAAGGAAACGCAAUAAGGACGCCAAACAGACCAAAGAUGAAGUGACCGAUCUGACUACGCACUUCAUAGAUGUACUUCCUAAAUUAAUCAGCAAAUACAAACAGGAUCCCGCCAAGAUUACCUUUCUGAUCUCAUUCCCGCAGUAUUUUGAUGUUGACUUGUAUACUACCAAUCACAAAGAAGCGGAACUGGGCACGCUGCUUGAUCUCCUGUGUGAAAUCUACGAGAAGUACGAGCACGCUCCGCUGCUGAAGGCGGCCGUGAAAUCUCUGGACUGUCUGGAGCGUGAAGGCAGCGGAAUCGUCAACCGUGUGGCCAUCGCCCGGACCACCAUUCUAACCAGUAUUGUCAACAAAUUCCAGGAGGCUUUCCCACACUGGCUGGCCUUCAACGGGGAUAACGAUCAGGAGCUGGUGUAUCACAUGGAGAGCAGUGUCAAGCGCCUGUACGCGCUGCUGAUAACCAGCGACGGCAGCGAUCUGGAUAUCUGGGACCCCAUCCUGCAGACGCUGGAAAGAGCAGUGACGCUGAACUAUGCGUCCAUUUGUGACUCGACCAUUAAGUGUUGUAUGUUGCUGCUGUUUUGGAAAAUCCGGGCGUUACAGAGAAAUGCGGAUGGACCUGACGCGGCGAUCUUAGAAGAACAUCAGAAAAGAUUUCAGUACUACGUCGACGUAUUGUUAGGGGUGGUGGCAGACCAUGAUGUGGAGGAAAUCGUUUAUACUGCAUUUGGAUCGGUUAUUGAUGCAGUUAUUGUCCAUCAGCCACAGAAUGAUCGAGUUCCUGAUUGGUUUAAAAACCUGUCCUUCCAGCUCAGUGCGGAUCAACAAAGUAUUCUGUCUAAUUAUAUCGACAAAGAAGUGUUAUCCAAGCCUUUGCCCGAUGGGGGGUCAUCCGCUGCCUUCAAUUCAGUGAUAGUCGACAAGGAGAAACGGGAUGAAGUGGUGUACAAGCGAAGAAAACUGCUUCUCCAGUUCGUCAAAGCGAUGUCCUGUGCCAUUAUCCUUCCUCGUUAUGCUUCCGUUGUUUUCAAACAUGCUAUAUCUAGCAACAUGGAUUACGGUGAUAUUAUCAAGGAGACCAUGAAGCGUCUUCAGGAAGUCAAUCCGGUUUAUUUCGCGGAGUGUAUUGCCGCCAGUCUGGUUGAGAUGUUCACUGGUAUCGCCAAGAAACGCCGAAUUACCCGCGUGAGUCGAGAUGUUCUGGAUAUAAAGGAUAUGGCCAAGCGGUUUGCGGCCUACUUUGGAACUGACAACGUUCGAUCACGCUCUGCUAUGGGAGCCCUCCACAAGUAUUGUUUCGAGUUCAUCAAGGGCGCUGCGAGCCGGGACGAUGCUGUCCUUCGGAUUAUUUUCUUCGAUAUUUUGAGCGAAUUCCAUAGUAAAUUGCUGCGACCGGAUAAAACGAGCUUGGUGAAUCUUCUGAACAGCAUGGACAUCCUGAAGACAAACCCCGGCGAAUCAAUACCUUCCAAUGAUCUGUUGUUGCCAUUUCUACAGUACCGCAAUACUUUAGCUCUCGGUGGAAUGGAAGGAGAACCGGAUGACAAACAUCGUCGAGGUCGUCGCAUUAAUCCGCCUCAAGGCAAAAAGGGGGCUGUGCUUGAAGGAACUGUGGCCGAGGCUGAGUCUUCAGAAGCCGCGGAAGCUGCCAAUCUAGCCGAAGUGAACAAUGUCGGACACGAUGAUGCGACAUCCGUGGCGGGAAGUGUACUGGACCCGAAUGCGACGGUGGAAAUCGAGCAGUCCAUGGAUGUGGUGUGAGCAGUGACCUGAUGAAUUGGUCCAAACGUUGGGAGGGUUUAUUGCGAAAGGAGGACAAUAAAUUAUGGCACAGCAUUAGCAGAGUUUCUGUUCAAAUCCGGCAGUCAUUGUUGUUUCCCUUUUUGUAUUUUUGUCUCCUCUCUUUUAAGUUUUACACUUUUUACUGUAUUACUAAAAUCUUUUCCUCAGAGUCUUGUUGCCAUUCACUGGUUUUUCCGUAGUGUUGGACAGAAUUAUUUUUAUUUAUCAGUGAAUAGGCUUUAUUUAUUAGUCUAGCGUACUUCUUGUUUGAAUUUAAUUUUUCAAGUCAGUUUCGUGUGAGUAAAGUAGUGCUGUUUAUAGUGAACUGUUGUUUAAAUAAUAAUACUGAUGUCGAUAAAAUAUUCUGGUUAUCUUCACUUAUUUCGAAGGAUAUAAAGCAACAAUGUCGU